ACCGGGCGGCGGGGAGAGAGGAGCGGGGAGCCGGCGGCCGGGGCGCGGGGACGGCGCCGGCAGGCGGGAGCAGUCCGGCUGCGGCUGCGGUCGCGGGAGGAGGCGGGCUCCGCUGGGCUCGGCGGGCGGCCGGGCGCGGCUGGCUCCGGAUCCCUACCUGCGCAGACAUCGAGUCAACGAAUAAGCUGAGCACAUUCAACUAGAAGAGAAUCAAAGACUAGAGUCAUUAUGGCUUCAGUGUCUACUCACGGAAACCAAGAUAAAAGCCACCAUUUGCCACCACCAAGCAAGCAGAGUCUGUUGUUUUGUCCGAAAUCAAAACUGCACAUCCACAGGGGAGAGAUUUCGAAGAUUAUCCGAGAAUGUCAAGAAGAAAGUUUCUGGAAGAGAGCUUUGCCUUUUUCUCUUGUGAGCAUGCUCGCCACCCAAGGACUAGUCCACCAAGGUUAUUUAGCAUCUAACCCAAGAUUUGGAUCAUUGCCCAAAGUUGCACUUGCAGGUGUCUUGGGAUUUGCCCUUGGAAAGGCGUCAUACAUACGAGUAUGCCAGAGUAAAUUCCAUUCCUUUGAAGACCAGCUACGUGGGGCUGGUUUUGGUCCAGGGCAUAACAGGCACUGCCUGCUCACCUGUGAGGAAUGCAAAAUUAAGCACGGAUUACAUGAGAAGGGAAGUUCGCAGCCUUCGGCUUCCUAAACUUCUAUCUAUGGCUUUUGAUGUUUCUCAAACCUCUGAAUUUGUACACAUUUAAAAUUUCCAGUGUACUUUAAAAUAAUAUAUGUAGAGUGGAACAGAAACAUUGUGAUUUCUCGCACUCUUUUGAAAUGCUUUCUGGGGAAGAUUCCCAGUUGAUUUGAGCAGUAUGUGUUUGUCUAUUUGAGAACAUGCCCCGAGCACUCACACACCGAAAAAGAAAUUAUGUGGCACUCAGUAACUUGCAUACAGCUAAGUUAAAAGAUCUUAGAGUCUUCUCUCAUCCAAUCUUUCAGUCCGCAUUUGUUCAGGGUUUUAAGAUCUCUGGUAGAGGAUGAGAAUGAGUGUUGAGGAACUUGGGAAGUCAUGCCCCACCCAAAACCAAUGUAUAUAGAGGUAGAAACAAAGGGCACGGAAGUGUGUGUCUUACAGGCUUGAGAAGUGCUUUCUAAAAUGGAGGGACCAAGAUUUUUAAUUUAAUAAAAAAAUAUCUCCCUUGAAAGAGUCAGAAUCUGAACCUGCUGUCCUUUCAGUGAUCCAGGUCACUUCAUGCCUGGUCAGUGGUGAAGUUUCGAAAAGCUUUACGUUACUUUACAUUACGUUACGUUACUUUACAUUACGAAAAAUCUUUAGGUCACUUGUUUAGCUAACGGGCUCAUGCUCACGGUCAACACUAGAGAACAACGUUCUUCUGUAUACUGCUAGUGGCCUGUAUAUAAGUACAUACGACUUUCCAAACUGCCUCUCCUCUCCCAAGGAACAGUUUGUUUAUGGCAACAAUCACUGGAAGAAUUAAUUCAUGGAAUGAUAAACUUUAGAGCUUAGAAGCAGCCAAUCCAGCCAAUAGGUGGAUUCCUAUCCUCCUACCAGAUUUUUUGCAUGAAAAAAACGACCAACCAACCAACCUCUUCCAAUGGGGACCUUGUGUUUUAUGGCAAGUUGUCUGAGCCCUACAUAAAAAUUUCCCUUGCAUCUUUGCAUUUUCUCGGGAAAAUGCUUUAUGUAUGUGUUACCAUUUAUAUAUUGGGCAUGUGUGUGAGUGUGUGAGUGUGUGUACAUGUUUGUAUUUUACUUAAUACAUCUUAAAACCCAUACCAUGGAGGUAAAAAGGGAAAUCUCAUCAGAAGUUAA